GUCUUCGGUUCGGAACAGUUUUCAGAGUGAUUCCUUUGGCUGACUUUGGAGUGUAUUUUUCCUAGGUCUUCCCGUAAAAAAAUCGCAAUAACCACCGAAAGUGUUGAAUUCCUUGUACAGAAGAAUCCAACAGCUACCUAAUUUGAAACUGAACGCAAAUUCAGCAUUUGACUUUGGUGUAGGUGCAGUUGCGAAACGAAACAUUCACCGUGAAACAGUUUCAAAAUCGCGUUCGCUGCGGGUCCGUUUCGUCGUCGUCGUCGGGGACCGUUGUUGUGCGUGUGCGCAAGUCUGCUACACCAAGGAAGGAGGAAAAAAUUGAUCUCUUGUCAGAAAAAAAAAAUACCACACAAAGUGGAGCUCAGUGGAGGAAAAAACGUCGAUUGACAAUCAUCCGAAUUUUGUUUCCAAAGUAUGGUGGAAAAUCUGCGGCACCCUUGAAUAGUGAUUGUGUAUUUGUGGCCGCCUGCGGAAUCGGGAACCGGUGGAUUAUGCUGGAUGUGUUCCCGAUUGGAGUAAACUCGGGAAAAUGCCUAUAAUUUUCUCUGACUGUGCGGUUCAUCUUAAUCAUCAUCAUCAUCAUCAUCACUACCAUCACCGCGUUGGAGCAGAUAGUGCAACCUUAUCAGAAUGCAAUCAACAGCAGCUGCCGCGACGGCCGCAACGUCCGACGACGAUCUAAAGUACCCGAGCAGUGCUAGUGCCCUUUCGCCACCGGAUUCAUCGCUGGACGACCUGGAAGCAGAGUACGAGGACCUGGUGGACGGGAUGGAUUCCGGCGAGGCGGGAGGCGUGGUGAAGAAGCCACACUUUUUGGACUACGAUAAUAAACCGCCGGCCGGGUUGGAAGACCAGGUCGUGUUUGUUGGUCAACCGAGGAGGACGGUCAAUGGGAGGACGGAGGAACGAAAGGAAGAAGCCAUCUCGCAGAGUGUCGUGGAGGAAGGUUCGUCCGUUGAGUUGAAGGAGAUGGUUGGAAGAGGUACGUGGCCAACGGCUGGUAGUUCGGGCCAAAACGCGGCUAAAUACGCCGGGAGACAAAACCAUUCUAUGUAUAACGACAUGUCGGAAGUGUGUCCCAAGAUGGAAUGCGUUUACUCGCUGUUGUCGAUGUUGGGAUCGACCAAUUCUCUCGAGAUGUCGACUAAGUUUAUGGAGCUUUCUAAGAACCGGGACACUUGCAGUGCAUUGCGUCGGUCGGGAUGCAUUCCUUUGUUGGUGCAGAUAAUUCACAAUGAUCCGAAUGAAACGGCUCGCCGCAAUUCCAGGCAGGCUUUGAACAAUGUGAUCUGUUGCCACCCGGAUGACAAAGCCGGUCGAAGGGAAGUGCGAGUGCUCAAGUUGAUCGAACAACUGAUUGAUUACUCGGAUCUACUCCGGGACUAUACGGAGGAAAGUUCUUCGGACAUUCGCGACGUCAUAGAAGAUCCGGAGAAGCACCCGAUCCAAUCGAUCACAACCCUCAUGAAGAUCAGUUUCGACGAGGAGCAUCGCCAUGCCAUGUGCCAGCUUGGUGCUCUCCAAACGAUUUCAACGUUGAUCCAAAUGGACCAUGCCAUACACGGGGCCAAGCCCAGCGCACCGAAAUGCAUCACAAUGCGGCGCUACGCCGGGAUGAUUCUCACCAACCUGACUUUUGGCGACGGCAACAACAAAUCCCUACUCUGCUCAAACAAAAACUUUAUGCGGGCUCUAGUGGCGCAGAUCCAAUCUAACAGUGACGAACUGGUUCAGGUCACAGCUUCCGUUCUGCGGAAUCUCUCCUGGCGAGCGGACAGCGUUAUCAAGCAAACUCUCAGCGAGAUAGGCACGGUGAAGAUUCUCACUCGUGCGGCCAUGGUUUGCACCAUCGAGAAUACCCUCAAGGCCAUACUGUCCGCCUUGUGGAACCUCUCGAAUCACUGUCCUCCGAAUCGUUCGGAAUUUUGCGAUGUCGAAGGCGCUUUGGAAUUCCUAAUCGACAUGCUCUCCUACGAGGCGCCCAGUAAAACAAUGAGCGUGAUCGAAAAUGCCGGAGGAAUCCUGCGGAACAUUUCCUCGCACAUUGCGCUUCGAGAAGACUACCGACGUAUUCUUCGGAGGAAGAAUUGCCUCAAAAUUCUACUCGAACAGCUCAAGAGCCCAAGUCUGACAGUGGUGAGCAACGCUUGCGGAACGCUGGGAAAUCUCUCCGGGGACAACUACGAGGACCAGAAGUUUCUCCGCGAAAAUGGUGCCAUUCCGAUGUUAAGGUCGCUCAUCUACAGCAAACACAAAAUGAUCUCCAAUGGAAGCAGCAUGGCGUUGAAGAAUCUACUGAAGCCUCCCGCCAACUCCAUGAUGGCAACAAGUGCGCCGCCUGCCUCAAUUGCAAUUGCUCGCCCUAGCGGCGUAGAAAGCCGGGAACUUCCCAGUCUGAACGUGCGUAAGAAGAAGGCACUCGAGCAGGAACUGGAGGAAAAAUUCCUCCCGAAGGCCUUACGGGACGAGAAAGAUGUCUGCACCAGUCGAGUAUCACCCGAAGAAGAAGAGGAAGAAGAUGGGGAAGUCGAUGACGAUGAGGUCAGUCACAGUGCGGUGCACAUCCGGUUGGUUUCGGAUCACCAAAACCAUGAGGAGGAACCGGAGAAACCAGUCAACUACAGUCUGAAGGAGGAGGAACCGUACCAGGAUUACCAGGAAACGGACAUCGACCAGAUAACGGAUUAUUCACUUCGUUAUGCGGAGAACCAGUCCGAAGAUUCGGAUGAAGACAAAGCAGAAAACUACCAGCGUACGAACCCGACCAGUGGAAUUUGCGAAAUGGGCGAGGACACCGUGAAGUGUUAUUACACCGAGGGUACGCCGCAGAUUAUCUCCAGUGCGACGUCAAUGAGCGACUUGCGAGUUCAGUUGGUUGGCGGUGGAAGCAACAGCAACAAUGGACCGACGGCGCCAGUGACAACGCACAAGAGUGGCACCCUUCCGAAGUCGGAUCCGAUUCCGAUUGGAGCUGCCAACAGUGGUGUCAAUAGCAGUGGAAGUGGAGCAAGUGCUGGACGAUCCUUGCCCAAGGCGCUCGGCGGCGACACGGGAUGCAAUACGCCGGAUAAGCCUUACAACUACUGUGAGGAAGGAACGCCGGAUUUCAGCCGGGAUACGUCGCUGAAUGUUCUGGAUUUAAAUGCCGACAGAGUGAGUAUAGUUGAUCAGAAACUUUCCGGAAAACAUCCCUCGGAAGCGGAAUCCUCGGAGCAACCGGCAACCCCGGCUACACCUGGAGGUACUCAACACACUGGCAAGCAAGUUUCUUUCCUUAACACAGCGGACGAAACGCCGCUCAUGUUCUCGCGCACUAGCUCGAUGGGAUCACUGUCCAGUGCGGAACCAGCCUGCACGGCCGAUGACAAAAGUUCCAUUAUCAGUGAAUUCAGUCGGCUGGCGUCGGGCGUGAUCUCCCCGUCAGAACUGCCAGAUUCGCCGACUCAGAGUAUGCCCCAUUCGCCACGACGCACGGGCAUGAUGGCCAAAGCAGGCCCGAUUGGUAAGAAGGAAGAACUGGAGCAACCUCCGGUGCAACCGAAGAGCGCCUUUGAAGACACGGUCAACAACUUCAACGUGGAGAAUACCCCGGCGGUGUUCUCCUGUGCGACCAGCUUGAGUAAUCUCACCAUGGACGAUAAGGAGGACGAGGAGUCGAAGUUGGUGGUUGGUGGGGACUUGGCUAAAGGACCGCCGGUUCUACCGAUACCGGAGGGUAGCGCUUCCGAAGAUGGAGAAUCGGAUCGGGAUGACGAUUUUCUGCUGGAGUCGUGUAUCAACAUGGGUAUGAAUGUGAUGGCGCGCAGUGCAGAGGAAAAGAAGAUUAGGAGUGAGGAAGACCUUGUGCUUCCACCACCACAGGUUCCGGAAGAUCUGUUGCAGAGGUACUGUACCGAGGAUACGCCGGCGAGAUUAUCGGAAGUGAACAGCAAUUGUAACUUAAGUGUUUUGUCGAUGGACUCGCGGAACGGGCAUGACUCGGAUGAGAGUUCGACGGUUUCAGCGGAGCAUAAUGAUCGAUUGAUCGAAGAAUGCAUUCGUAGUGGAAUGCCCAAACCGAAGAACGCGAAUACAAGUGGUUUCCUGGGGAAGAUGAACGGUGAUGACCUUAUGGGAGUUCAAAAGGAAAACCCCAUGAACAUGAUGCGAAAUCCAGCUCACAUGGGACCGAUUUAUGCAAACGACGAAGUCAAUAACUUCUACGUAGAGGAUAGUCCUUGUGCGCACUCGACGGUAUCUGCAUUGUCCGACUUGACAGUGGCAUCGGAGGCACCGAAUGGAGGGAAGAGCGUCCACAAGAUCUCGUCGUUGAAAGGAAAACAACCGCAAUCGCAGGGAGGAUUGCACUUUGCACGGGAUCCUGCCGUGAAUGGUUCGUUGAGUUCGCUUUCCGUGGAAUCGGAUAACGAUGAUCACCUGUUGGACGAGGCCAUUGCUGCUGGAAUUGGAUCCAAUAGAGCCAAGAAAAAUCUUCCGACUUUUCAGGCAGUUCAUAAUCCACUUCCGCCGGUGAACCGAAUGACAGCAGCUGCGGCGGAUGCGAAUGAUUCCUUGGAUUCCAUCGAUUCCGUGGACUCGAACGAUCCCCAAAGCAACUCACUGUUGGAACAGUGCAUAGAAAAUGGCAUGAAGAAGCUGACGGAGAAGCGUGUUGACACGGGAUACGAGCUUCGAGCAGGAAUGAAUUAUGGUCAGAUUGCGGCUCGACCUCCGGUUCCAUUACCGGAUGAAAGUAUUCCGGAUUCGGAACGGGACUACCAAAUUCUGAUGGAAUGCAUCCAAAACGGUAUGCCGAAGGGUAAGAGCAGUCAAUUGGCGAUGGACCUUACUCGAAACCUACAGCGGUUGGCCAUUUCGGGAGCAGCUGCAUCUUCCAGCAAUAAUCCGUCGUCGAAUCCAAAAAACGUGGACACUACGCCUGUGGUUACGAAGGAUGUCGGUGCCACCAACGUAAUGUCAGCAGGCGUAGUAGCAGCAGUAGAAACAGCCACGGUCAGCGGAAGCAGCAACAUCAGCGGCUUCGGCAUCACCACCAUCAACAACAUCAACAGCACCAGCACCACCCAGUCAUCCAUCACUACCCGUACCACGCCGGUCAUCAACAGUUCCAUCACCACCAGCAUCACAAGAAGCGAGGAGCCAGUGGCAACUCAACCAUCCCGAGCGGAAGCGCAGGAGCACCCGUCACGGCAGCAUCGUCAGCCCCUGCUAGCUUCUUCCAUCACCACCAGCAACAGCAGCAUGAUGGGUCAGAGUGGAUUUGAGGGUAUGAUGGAGCGGUCGAACGAGUUCCCGGCCUCAGCAGCUCUGGUGGGCCUCAUGAGCUCGUCGUCCGCUGGUUGUAACAGUGAAAUGCAGAUGUCGAACGAAUUCAUGAUGGAAUUCGCCCCGGCCAACAACAAACACAAGGAUCCGGAUCUGAUGCUGAAAUCGGUGGAGCGACUAACGCAGGAAUUGGUUUCCACUGCCGAAUACCUGCGCACGGUAUCGUCCAGUGGGGGAGAUAAGAUGGAGAACAACACUUGGGACGACGACGUGACCAGUGCGAACGACGUGUCGUUCCCGAGUUUGAGCGUCCAGGCACCGAGAAUUAUGCAUUCCUGUGACGACGACGAUACAGCCACAAUCAGCGAUGAGGUUGACUCCAAAGCCUUGGACGCUUUGGAGGAACAAACUCCGAUCAAUGAAAACCGACCGUUGCCCGGUGCCCUGAACGGCAGCAAUGAGGAUCUGUUCAAGAAUGAGAUUCAUUUCCAGCUGGGCGGUGAGGUACAGCACCCGAUGGUCGGUGGUCACUUCACCCAUGGUUCCGAUGGUUUGUCGUUCAGUACUGUUUCCACGUUGACCAACUCGACUAUUAUCGCAAUGGAAGCCACCAAAGUUGCUAACAAUCUGCAGAAUUUGGCGAUCGUGGAAAGUGCCGAACUUGAUCUGAGCAAGAUACAUCCCCCGUUCGGCUCGGACAGCAUAUUGAUAUCGGAUUGCUCCGACUCGGAGAUGACGUUCCUAAAUGAUUGUCGGAAGUUCAACCUACCAAGUGGAUUGGUAGCGAAGCGAGCUCUGGGGCAUGCGUUCAACGAUAGCUUGAACUCGUUGAAUAACCUGGACAGCAUUGGACCUCCUUCGAUCAUGGAUGAAUUGAUGGACUCGAUGAUCAGUGUGGCGAGCAUAACUUCCGAAGUGGUUGACGUGGACAGUGGCCAUGCAGGGACCUCCGAUCAGAACAUCAGUUCGGGCCAUUCCAGUUUGACGCUGAACUCGAGUUUAGAGAACUUGAUCAAAUUUUCGCCCACCAAGAAUGCCGGCGGAAAGAGCACCCCCAUAAGUCCCAAAAAGGCCGAACGGAGGCAGGCAAUGAAGGACCGAUACAAAACGUACACCAUUCCUAAUACAGAAAUAGUUGAUUUGAAUUCAGCAAAUGACGAUGCGGUGGCAAAUGAAUCUAACGAAUUGUCAGAUGUCAAGACGCCAACUCCUAGUAAUCCAUCGACUCCAUCACCAAAGAAAUCUUCGAGAGAACGUCGUCAGGAGAACAAGUCUCGAUACGAGACGCAAGUUAUCACCAAUAGUAGUUUUCUGGCCGAUAGAAUCGCCAACGGAGAUGCGGACUGUCCACGGACUCCGAUAUCUUCCAUCAUUGCCAAACCUGUUGCUUUCUCACCCCUAACGCUGCACUCCCCUGCACCAAUGUCCCUGGAAAGGGUCUUAUCACUGGAAGCUUCACCGGUAGAUGACGAAGAUGACGACCCCGUCACCUACACCAUCCAGGAAGCGCAACGAAGGAAAUCCCUCGAACAGAAGUUACCCAACAUCUCAUCACAAGACCGAGAACCUGUUACCGCUCUUCCUCCACCCCAGCCAAAAACUCCCCUAUCCAGCCCAAGCAAAAUGCCAACGCCAAUCAAAACCGGAAGUAUUAAAGCAACUAUCAAUUCUGCAACGUCGGCCACCGAACCUGUGAAAACAGUUCGUGGCACGAAGAAACCCCCCUACGUGUCACCGUACCGAAAGUCUGUGGUUUCCGCUCCGGCCGUCAUCUCUCGAACACCGGCCGCCCCCGGAGCUGUCAAAAAGGAUCUGAGCGCGGGACCACACGCCACCCCGAAACUGCGAACUCAAAGCUCCCUCGUGGAGAGUACCAAGACCCGACCGCAACCUCUCAAGGCUCGAUCCAGUAUUGGCCUGAAGCGGAACUCACUGGAAUUGAAUGGCAACGGGUCAAUUCGAAGCAGCAGCAGUAGUAGCAGUUCGGAUGUGUCCCGACUUCAUACCAGGCAACCUUCCUGUGGAGCGAUUGGCGGAACUAGGACUAAGGUCCAGGAUUCCCCAGCGCCACCCAAUCUCAUCCGCCAGGGCACAUUCACCAAGGAUGAACCCUCGAACCCGGAAGUUCCAGUCGUAACAUCCGCCCCAUCCACUCCGGCGAAAACCCUUCGCAAACCGAUUUCCAUGAUUCCCAAUUCGGCGUCCUCCUCCCGGCUAACCUCCAUCGCCAAGUCCCGAGUAGUGCUCAACAAAAGCAUCAGCAUGGAUGCAAGCAAAACCACUCCGAGCACUCCGACGGCGGGCACUCCCUGUGGCGAGGGUACCCCCCUCAGCAGCCGGUUUCGACUGACUUCGGCACGGACCUCACUGGUCGACUACAAGAAACCGAGCUCCGGCCGUUUCAGUACGCCGGUGAUCGGUUCCGGUGGUGCGGGGGAACAUCAGAAUCCGCCCGUCGUCACGACACCAACCAGUCCGGGCUCGAUGAUUCCGAUGCGACGCAAAAGUGCCAUCGCGGCACUGCCCAAGCGGACCAACCUGACGAUGAAGUCGAAUCCGGACGUGCUGAAGGGUAGGCUGGAUGGCGUGAGGAAUGCGUUUGUGAGGACAGCCGCAUCCGCGGUGAAAACCGGGACGCGAUAAAAUUUGACAAACAGGAUCGAGAUUAUUGGAUGGGUUUUUGCAUGGAAGAGACGGGUUGUUGUGAUAUCUGGUGAGACGGAUUUUAGGGAUGGGUCAGUGUCCGGAGAGGAGGAAGGAAUGUCGCUUGUUUGCUGCAUUGAUUUUAAAGAUUUCAUCAAAAAGAAAGUCAUCUGUUGUGCAAUUGGACCAGGUCGUAUCAAGAUUUUAUCAUUUUCAUUUUUUGCAUAAGCAAUCUGAGUCCCAUUGACGGUCGUAUACACAGGUAUUUUAUCAGUUUUUGUUUUAAUCAAACAAAGUUUGAAACCAAUUAAACACAACGACAAAAAUGCUCAAUUUUAUUUAUAGUUUUACCCUAUUUUAUUCAGAGUUAUUUCAAAAUAAAAUGCAAUCUCAGAAGGCAGCAUUUUGUA